AUGUCAACCCAAACCAAGGACCGCAUAACCUGCCACGUCCUCGACACCUCAGCCGGCCGCCCCGCCCGCGGCGUCCGCGUCCAGCUCUCCACCACCACCUCCUCCUCGCCCUCGGCCCCGGGCCAGCCGGGAAUCCAAAAGACCUUCGAGUCCCUCACCGACGACGACGGCCGCGUCAAGGCCUGGCUGCCCUACUCCUCCGAGGACACCGCCGGCGAGGUCCCCGUCUACACCCUCGAGGACGUCCUCGGCGAGAUCACCGGCCCCUCGCGCUGGACCCUCCGCUUCGACACCGCCGCCUACUUCGGCGGCGACGACAAGACGUUCUUCCCCGAGGCCGUCGUCGUGUUUACCGUCCAGGAGGGCCAGCAUUAUCACGUGCCGCUGCUGUUGAGUCCCUACAGCUACACGACCUACCGGGGUAGCUGA